UACAACUGAGAAAUGUUAGCUUGUGAUACCUAUUCACUGUUCCUGAGGAGUCAAUCUUCAUUAAAGUCUUUUUUCAACUUUCAUCUUACAAAAAAAGCUUAUGUUAAAGUGGAACAUAUCAUCAAGUAAGAUACAAGAAUUCAGCAGUGAAUUUCCCAAAUCCCAUUCAGAGAAAGAAGAAAUGAAAAGUUUGCAACUUCUCUCUUUUUUGUUGCUUUCUUGUAUCAUCACCCCAGCAGAUACAUAUGGAGGAAAGAGAAAAGGAUUCAUGUUGGACUAAGAUCUUCAGAAAGCAAGGGAAGUCAGCCAUCAAGUCACUCAAUCUAGAGGCACUGGGAUCACAGAGUGAGCACACUAGAACAAAGAAAGGUCAGCAAAGCUUAGAAACCAAAUUUCAACUCUAUACAGAUACAACUGAAGAAGGAUGUCAGAUUUUGUUCAAUCAGUUGGAGACUCUUGACAAAUGCAGUUUCAAUGCCUCUCUUCCUCUGGUGAUGAUAGUCCAUGGCUGGUCGGUGGAUGGGAUAUUAGAAGACUGGAUUUGGAAAAUGGCAGCAGCUCUGAAGUCUCAGGAUAAACAAAUUAAUGUGAUCAUUGCAGAUUGGCUUACGUUUGCUCACCAGCACUAUCCCAUUGCUGUACAGAACACCCGCCACAUAGGACAGGAGAUAGCAGACUUCCUGGAAUGGCUGGAGGAAUCCAUUCAAUUUUCCAGAAGCAACGUUCAUCUAAUUGGGUACAGCCUAGGAGCUCAUGUUUCAGGGUUUGCUGGCAGUUAUAUCAGUGGUACAAGCAAGAUUGGAAGAAUUACAGGCCUUGACCCUGCUGGUCCCUUGUUUGAAGGAAUGUCACCAACAGACCGUUUAUCUCCAGAUGAUGCAAACUUCGUAGAUGCAAUUCAUACAUUCACUAAACAGCACAUGGGUCUCAGUGUUGGCAUCAAACAGCCUGUGGCCCAUUUUGACUUUUAUCCCAACGGAGGCACCUUUCAGCCUGGCUGUCACAUCAUGCAUGUCUACAACCACAUUGCACAAUACGGAAUCACUGGCAUCACUCAAACCGUGAAAUGUGCCCAUGAGAGGUCAGUUCAUUUGUUCAUCGACUCUCUGCUUCACAACGACAAGCAAAGCACAGCAUACUGGUGCAACGACAUCAACACUUUUGACAAAGGAAUGUGCCUCAGCUGUAGGAAGAACCGGUGCAACACAUUGGGCUACAACAUCAGGGAGGAACGGCUCCCAAAAAGUAGACGACUCUUUUUGAAAACAAGAGCACGUAUGCCUUUCAAAGUCUAUCAUUAUCAGUUCAAGAUCCACUUCAUCAAUGAAAUCCAAGGCAAGCAGAUAGACCCAACUUUUAGCAUCUCUCUGACAGGCACAAAGGAGGAUGCUAAAAAUCUGCCCAUCACACUUGUUGAAGGAAUUAAUGGGAAUAAAACCUACUCUUUUCUCAUCACACUGGACACUGAUAUUGGUGAACUAAUAAUGAUCAAAUUCAAAUGGGAAGGAACUGCAGUUUGGGAGAAUAUCUGGGACACAGUUCAAACCAUAAUACCAUGGACAAAAGGCACCCGCCGGCUAGGACUUAUAGUGAAGACAAUACGAGUGAAAGCAGGGGAAACACAACAGAAAAUGACAUUUUGUUCUCAAAGUAUUGAAAACGUUCAACUUUAUCCAUCCCAAGAGAAAACAUUUGUGAGAUGUGAAGAUCGCUUUCGGAGACAAGAAAAGUGAGCAAGAACAAAAAGAAACUACGUACCAAAACAUAUUCAAAAUACCACACAUCUAGACGUUGUGAUACAGUAACUGAAAUGCACUUUGUUCAUCUGCUAGACUGCUCUCAGUGAUCAAUGAGCAAUUUUCAUCAACAGCAACUGUUAACUUUAAAUUCUUUAAAACUCUGAAAAAAUGCCUGCUCAUUAGAAAUACAAAGGUUACUAUUUGAAAGAAACAUCUUUGAAAAAAGGAACUUAAUUACCAAUUAAAUGCUUUGAAACAUUAAUAGUGACUACUAUCAAUUAAAUCUUUCCUAAAUUAUUUCCGGAAAAGGUGAAGUUAAGUAAUAGUAAACAUACUCCCAAGUAGAUAACACCAAAGAGAUUUUUGAACUUCUUACUUUAUAACCUUCAUAAACUAGAAAGCAUCUCAAUGUAUAGAAAACUUGAGCUAUCCAUUAUAACCAAAUAACUACAACACCUAAAAAAGAUGUCCUAUUGGAAAAUGCUUUGCUGUUUAACCAUUUUAGAAUACUAAUUAAAAUUACUAGUAAUUUAAUGAUGCUUAGUGUACUGCACACAAUUGUAGCACAACUAAGUUUUUAACUUUUGAAUUAAAAUCAUAUUGUUCAUGUAAUGCCUGAGAUUUUUAGAUUUUAAAUCACUGUAUAGCAGAUUUUAGCAUGAUUUGGAACUGUAUUAAUAAAUUAAAAUGGUCAAAACUUUAUCAGAUAUCUUCAGUGCAUAUAAAUUUAAAAAAUUCAAGUAUACAAAAUUCCAUUGUUUCCUAUAUCAGAAUAUAACUACAUAAAGAAACACUAUCAUCUGAGGUUACUCGUGCUUUAUACUUCAUACAGUAGCAUUACUAAAUAUGUACAUCCAAGUAUUUCAUUUGUCACUUUAUAAUGGUAAGCACAAGAUUAAUUAAAAUGAUGUUUAUGACUA